GCGUUUGUGACGUUUGCUAUGUUUGUACACUACCACAAUGUGGUCCGAUUCGGGGAUUGCAAUGACAUAAACCACAGGAGUUCUUUAAUAUACAGAACGAUCAAAGCAAGUCAGCGCGAGCAUGGAGCCGGCCAGUCUGGAGAACCUGUGCGUGCUGUAUCAUAGUGCUGACUUCAUUGUGGUCAACAAGCACUGGGACAUCCGCAUCGACAGCAAGAUGUGGUACGAAAAGCAGACCGUGCAGAGUCAGCUGCGACACCGCUUCCCUGAGUUGGCCGACCCUGGUACAUACUACGGAUUCAGGUUCUGCCACCAGCUGGAUUUCUCCACCAGCGGAGCACUGUGUGUGGCUCUGAACAAGGCUGCAGCUGGGAGAGCUUACCGCUGCUUCAAGGAACGCCUGGUGACCAAGGCCUACCUUGCUCUGGUCAGAGGUUGGGUGGACGGUGACAGAAUGACUCUGGAUUUCUCCAUUGGUAAAAACACCUGCGAGGGGAAGACUCACAUGAUGUGCAUAGAAGGAGCAGAAGGCUGUGAGAACCCCAAGCCCUGCCAGACAGAGCUCCAGGUGCUGGAGUAUGGCUCGUACAGUGGAGACCCGGUCACCAAAGUCCUGCUGCAGCCUCUCACUGGCCGUACGCACCAGCUCAGAGUGCACUGCGGCGCAAUUGGCCACCCCAUCGUGGGCGACUUCACGUACAGCCUGCGGAAGGACAGCGCCCCCUACCGCAUGAUGCUGCACGCCUACCUGCUGCGCCUGCCCCUGCUGCCGGAGCCUGUGGAGGUGACCGCGCCCGACCCCUUCGUGACCUCGCUGGACCCCCGCUGGACCCCGCAGCGGCAGCUCUGCACUGUAGAGGCCGCCCUGCAGAGCCUGCUGCAGCCCGGCCCGGGGGAGGGGCGUAGCCCACAGCAUUCUGGGACAGAGGAGACUAAGAGCCCCCCGGUGGAGACGGAAGAACAGAUUGCCCAGUGCCAGCAGUGGCUGUCUGAGUGGGGUAUGGACUGAACACACACACACACACACACACACAUAUACACAAAUAUGCACACUCACACACACGUUUUUCCUACCUACUGCAGCUCUACAUCAUUGCGGUUAUUUCCCAUUUCUUCCCCUGUGAUGUGAAAUGGUGUCGUACCCCUCCUAUGGGCUGGGCCAAUGGGGUGAGUCUGGGCAGGCCAAGGCAAGGCAAGGUGGAAUGGUGUGUCAGUGUCUAUUCAACCUCCUCAUCACCAGGAUGUUGCGUAUUAAUAUUUUAAUCAGCCUGAGAAGUUCACAACUACAGUGUACGUAAAAUAUGAGAAUAUGUGAAUAAAUGGGUAAUGCUCAAGCUAAUUUAUAAAACUAUUUUUAAGCAUAAAAAUUGGUAAUUUUAUAUUUUAGGUUUAAAGAAGGCAAAUGUUCUAUCUGUGGUCUAAUCUAAUUAUUUUGGCAUGGAAGGUUUUUGCACAUAACACAUACGUGCCAGAGAGUGUCAUGUGACCUGUAUCCAUCAUCUUUAAAUAUGGCUGCCUUAUCUGAAACUUGAUGUUAUGUAAGCAAUUUGGCCACUGGAGGUUGCUAGCAGUCUUGGAGGCUUCCAGUCCCUGCUCAACAUCCCGAAACAGUGGAUAAAUCACUUCCAACUUCAAAACUAUGUCAGACCAACAACCAGUGUGCCAAGUUUGGAACUUUCAUGAACAACACUGAGGAAGAAAAGGCCGAACACUAUGCAUUCGGCACGUGAAAUAUGGCUGUAAUACCAUGUGACCCAGCGCUUUUUAUGCCUAUACUGCAAAUAAUAAAUAAUAACUAUUUUCCUUUGGGCUUGAAAGCCUAGUUAGAACAUCAGCUGUAGCUGUUGGUACUCAUAAUAUUCUAGUAUCUGUUGCUGAAGUGCCACACUUUGUACACUUUCUGAUGAGAUGGAGGGCAUUGUUCCCUCUGUGGUCACAUGGUACUGCAGGCGUGAAAGUAAGGGGUGGUGGUUACAGUGACACUCAAAGCUCAUGUCUCACCAGCAUGCAUAUGCUCACCUCUCUCUGGCCUCUAUAGCAGUGGUUCUUAACUUCGGUCCUGGGGGACCUCUGUGUAUGCUCUGUGUUUUUCUCCCCACCACAGUUGCAGUCCCAGAAUUUUAACAAGCCGUUUAUUUUUCUAAAUUAGGUACUUGUCAAGUUUCAAGGGAUUAUUUACCAUCUUAAGCCACAUUAUGUCUGAAAUUGCUUUGCACAAAAUUAGGAGAAAUCAACAGCUUGUUAAAAUUCUGGAAUUACAAUUGUGGUCGGAAUGAAAACUAGCAUACACACGGUUCCCCCAGGACCGAGAUUGAGAAGCACUGCUCUAUUGGGACAUGUACGAGGCAGAGCUGUGUUCUUCCAGACUCUGUCUCCAUGGAAACCCUCAGUGUAGUUUCUGUGUUAAAUAUUGUUCUGUUGUACAGUGCAGCUAGUUUUUCAUUUUGCCUUUUUUAUGUUCAUUUGUACAUGUGAUGUGUUUAAAUGUUGUAUUUUAUUGCAUUUGUAUAUUCAAUAGAUUUUCAUUUGUGAAGUAAAUUAAACCUAUAAUAUCAUUACUUGUGAGCACAACACUCGGCAGGUUGUUCAGUUUCAAAUUAUGGUUCUUGCAUUGCAGUUUAAUGCUCCCAAGUGUUGUGGUUAUAGCAAAUGUGGAGAGCUGUCAGCAUCAAUACAGCUGAUGUUAUAACUGUACUUGCUACAGACUCUACAGAGAAUGUUCACUCAACAUAUGAAUAAUGACCAAAUAAAAACAGUAAACAAACUA